CCGACAUUUAAAAUUUUUAUCAGAUUCCACCCCCUUGCUCGUGUUUAAAAGGAGAGGAUCUGAUAAAGAUCUUUUUCUUUUUUUUAUAUUUCCAUCUGAUAACCAAUACAACACACCAUGGCAACUCGUACUUGCUUGAAGUUAAAAAAUUUCAAAAACACUUCAGUCCUUAAUAACCGAACUAGCCUGUUUCCUGGCUCGCAAGCAUUCCUUCGUCAAGCAACCACAAGCUCAACUAUCCUUCAGACUCUAUCCUCUCCUUUUAAGUUUGCCGACAGAGAUUUGCUCCUCAGACAACAAGAUAUUCAUCAUGUCAGAUUCACUUCACCUGAAGGUAAAAGACUCUUUAGAGGCGCCAUGGUACAAGGUCAGGCUGAAAGCUUCUUCAAGUUAAUGGGUAACUUUUCUACGCAGUCUUCGCCUUCUCAUGGCGGAGUUAGUUCUCUUGCCAUGGUUCUCAAUGCCCUCGAAAUUGACCCAAAGAGAAUUUGGAAGGGUAACUGGCGCUGGUUUUCAAGCGAGCAACUACAAACAUGUUCAUCGGCGGAGUCUAUUCAAGAGCAUGGUAUACCCUUUGAUGAGUUCACAUGCUUGGCUCAACUCUAUUGCUCUGUCAAUUCAUACCGCGCUCAAAGCUACGCCACUUUCCUCUCGCAUCUCGAGUCUGUUACGUCAGACUCCACCAGCCAAAUGGUUGUCCAUUAUUCUCGAAGUGCGUUAGGCCAAGAGGAUCACUUGGCUCAUUUUAGUCCGAUUGGUGGUUACAAUAAAGAAGAAGAUCAAGUUCUCAUCAUGGAUGUGGCUCGUGGUAAAUAUCCAAGCGUAUGGGUCAAGACAAAGGUACUUUAUGACGCCAUGUCUCUUAGAAGCAUGGAAGAAUCUGGUCGUAGUCGUGGUUACUUUAUCCUAAGCGCCAGCCAACAACAUAAAUAUCAAGACAACUUGAAACUCAAGUGUAAAGACUGUACUCGUCAGUGCCAAUUUAAAUAACCUGUAUUAUUAUAUUCUAUACUCUUCAUUACUAUUAUUCAUUUGUAUUAUACACUCAUAUAUUGUUCAUAAUAAAACUCUCCCCCUUUUUUGAAUCUAAGC